AUGCAUGUGUAUCUUUCUAACACGGGUCCAAAAUAUAUAAUUACUUAUCUUUAUAUUCAGUUCUCUUUUUUUAUCAUUGUCCUUUCUUUUCUCUUUCACGUUUCCUCUUUUCUUUCCCUUUUUUUUUCUUGCCACGAAUACGAUUUCACACACUGUCCAGCUGUAACAGAGAUAUACACUUUCUUCCUCUCUCUGGUUUUCCUUUUUCUUUCUUUCUUUCUUUCUUCUUCUGUAUACAGUUCAGUCUCAAACACGAUUCAACUGCAACAGGGAUAUACACUUUCUUCCUCUCUCUGGUUUUCUCUUUUUUUCAAACGCAGGCUGUAUUCUCAGCGUCCAAAUUCCUUUGCGUCUUCUGUGAUAAACAACGCGAGUUAUCGUCUUCAAUUUGGGGUUAUCGAACAGAAAUACAUGUUCUUAUACUUCUUGUCCGGAGUUGCCUGGGAUGAAUCGGACAAGUUCCAUUAUUAUCAAAUGAGUCUCAUCUUUCCGUUCAUAAGUUAUCAGCGCUUCAAUUCCGAGUCUUGCUCCUUCAAAGACAAGACAGCAACUGACUCCCAAGUAAUUUUCUAA